AUGGAUAACACUAUCGAGGAAAUGAUGGAGGAUAAAUCUAUGAGUUUUAAGUUCUUGCUGGCUGUGCAGUAACACUAGUACGAAGAAGCCUAUUCGAUUGGCAAAGAAAUUCUGAAGAUCAAUCCAUCUGAUAGGAGCGUGAAUCGGUUUAUACAUACACAUAAAUUUUAUGUCGAUGGAUUGUUUGAUUUUGAAGAGGAAGAAGAUGAUGAAGAGGAAUUUGAAUGUGACGACGAAGAUGCUGAAGAAGAUGAACUUGAGAAUGGAGAAGAAGAAGCAGAAGAAGAGGAGGAAUAUGAAGAAUAUGAGGAAGGCGAACAAAUUGAGUAACAGGAAGACUCUGAGUACGAAUGGGUUUAUGAGGAUGAGGAAGUGCCUGAGGGAUUUGAUGAGGGAGACAACACAGAUGAGGACAAGAAUUUUGUCUAAGAAGAUACUAACGAAGGUGAUAUCAGUUUAAGCAUGGACAAAAAGAUAUAUGAGAAAAAACAAAUACAAUAAUAAUAAUAAUAAUAAUAGUAAUAACCAAUAUUGUAAAGUACAAAAAGAGUUGUCUAAUAAGUCAAACCUAAAUCAUCCAUUUCCAAUGGAGUCCCCACUUUACCAAAAAUCCAAAAUAAAUAAAGACCAACCUCCUAAUCUAAAUAACAAAUUCAAAAGCCUCAGCCAUUACAAUAAAAUUUAGUUAAACAAGCAGCGGUGAACUAACUUCGUUUUCCAAGCAGUAUGGCCAAGAAAAAAAUUAUUAUGGGUUCUUAUUAAAGCAUUUUAAUUUAAUUUGGAAUUAAUUCUCUUUUCCAUCUCCCAGAGACUCAGAAAUUAAAUAAUAUAUCUAAAUAAUUUAUAAUGUCGGAUAAGAGAGAUGAACACACCUACAUGGCCAGAUUGGCAGAACAGACUGAGAGAUGGGAAGACAUGGUAGAGAAUAUGAAGAAGGUAGCAGAGAUCACUAAGGAUUUGAAUAAUGAGGAGAGAAAUCUACUCUCUAUAGCAUACAAGAACACAGUGGGACAGAGGAGAACUGCUUGGAGAGCAAUUACUGCCUAUGAGAUUAAGGAGAAGUAGAAGAUAGUGAAGUAUUAAGAGGUACUCCAAUAUUACAAGGCAAGAGUGGAGAAGGAAUUGGAUUAAUAUUGCAAUGAGGUUUUGUAGCUGAUAGAUCACACUCUAUUGAAAAAGACAACCAACACUGAGGCGAGAGUAUUUUAUCACAAAAUGAAAGGAGAUUACAAUCGAUACAUUGCAGAAUAUUCAUAAUAAAAAGCUUAGGAGAAGGCAAUUCAAUAGGCUCAGUAAGCCUAUCAAACUGCAUUGGAAUUGAUCGACAAGGACAAGUUUCCAAAAACUAAUCUAUUAAGAUUGGGAGUUACUCUCAACUAUUCUGUCUUUUGUUACGAAAUCAUGAGUGAUGUAGCCAAAGCAUGCGAAUUGGCUAAAACUGUAAAAGAUGAUGCAAUUAAAGAGUUGGAUGACAUGGAGGAAGACCAAUACAAGGAUGUGACCACAAUACUGCAAUUGAUUAACGAUAAUCUUACUAAUUGGUAGGCUGAGUUACCAGAUGAGGGAGGGAAGAAAUGAAUUCAUUUAAUAUAAAUGUUAUUAAUAUCAACAAAUACACAAAAAA